AUGGACAAGAAUACACCACCUUCCCCUAGCACCAUCAACCAUACAAACUCCCCAUCAACUGCAUCAGAUUCACCCACUCGUCCUAUUGUGAGAGUUAGAAGAGGAAGAACAGCUGUCGUAUUCAACAAUAAUCUAAAUUCUUCAAAUUCUUCUACAAUUAGUGCAACAACAACACAAACAUUAGAUUCAUCAUCUUCAUCUUCAUCAUCCUCGGGUGCAUCAUCAUUGGCAACGACUGGAAGUGUUGGAAAUAAUGUUUCGAAUAAUAAUAAUGCGAAACAUCGAAUGACAACAUUUACUCCUCCUUCGCCUUCGUCAUUGUCAUCAACUUCAUCGAAUAGUGAAAAAUCAAUUUCUCCACGAGUUGCUGUGAUGAAUAGUCAACAGGAGAAUUUUAGAAAAAGUAUUAUGGAAGUGAAUGGCAAGAGUAGUUCAAAUACACAUUCGAAUACAUCUUCACCUAUUAGUUUGGAAGAUGACAAGGAAGAUUUUGAGGAAGUGGUUCAAAGAAGAAUGUUUAGAAAUACAAUAGGAGGGGAUUCACCACCUCCUGUUCUGGUUGACUCACUCAUGCAGAAAGAUUUCGUAAAGGAAAGAAUUUCAAUGAGAGAUUCUCUUACUUUGUCAUCUUCAAGUGAAGACAGUGGAUCUCCUUUUGUGUUUGUUUCACAAUUGAGCAACAUUUCUAAUGAUUUGAAAUGUCAAUCGUGUAAACAAGUUUUGGAUUUGGAAGCCAAAACUCAUAACAAUUGUGGAAAUAUGUUCUGUUCUGAAUGUUUAAAAUGUAUGGAGAAGUGUAAUAUUUGUGAGAGGGAUGAAAUUUUGGGAGAAAAUCUUUCAGAUAUUUCAGAUAUUACAAAGAGACAGAUUGAGGGAUUGUUGGUUCGUUGUUCGAAAUGUGAAAAUUAUGUACUGAGAGGAUUCUUUAAAAACCACAUGGAAAGCAAAUGCAGUUCAUAUCUUGAGGAAGUGGAUGUAUAUUUCAAGAAGAAAAUCAAUGAAUCAGAAUCAACGUGUCAAACAAAGGCAGUUGUUUUUGAUCAGUCAAUCAAACAGUUGGAAUCCAAGUUGGAAUAUUUAUCAUCUCAAUCAAGAGAAUUGGAGGGCAAAAUAUCAAAUAUUGUUCUCAUGUCAUCAAGAGAAGAAUUCUCACAAUGUGUAAAAUUAGAUGUUGGUGGUGAGAUUAUCAAUGUAGCUCUUUCAACAUUGUUGAAUACAGAAUAUGAACCAACAUCCUCAUUGGCUUCAAUGUUCAAAGAAGUUACAGAUUUUGAUGAGGAACACUUUAUUGAUUGUGAUGUUGAAUUAUUCUUACUCAUUCUCCAUUGGCUUAGAUUUGGCAAAAUAUCAGUCAAUCCAAACAUUGCAAGAUUAUUGAUUGAUGUAGCCACAAGUUUCAACAUGGAAAAACUCAAAUCUCAAUUAGAAUCCAACGAUUUGCUCACUGAAAGUAUCACCAAGUUUGGUAUUGAGAUUGAAAAGAAGAAGAGCAGAAUCAAACACUACGAACUGAAGAAUAUCAUAGAAUAUCAUAGAAGAGAAAACUUGGAGGUGAAACUUUCAAACAUUGAUUUGAAACUUGUCUCACUCAAAGAUUUGGAUAUCAGAAAGAUCCAAAUAACAGACUCUGAUUUUAGUGGAAUGAAUUUAUCAGAGGUUAACUUUAGUGGUUGCAAUCUUAGAGGUUGUACCUUUGAGAAGGCAAAUCUUGCACAUGCCAAUUUAACCUUGUGUGAUUUGAGAUAUACCAACUUUACCUCUGCCAAUCUCACAGGUGGUUCCUUGGGAGGAGCCAAUCUUUCAGGAGCACUAUUUGAUAAUACUAAUUUCACAAAUACCAACUUGAAAGGUUGCGACUUGACCAAUAUUGCAUCGGAGUCAACUGGUUGUGUACUUUCGAAUGCCAAAAUGAACAGAGCCAAGGUCAAUGAAGAAUUCCUCAGAAGUGCCAAAACUCUCUUUGGAGUUGACUUAUCUGGUUGCUCAAUGAAACAAUUCAACUUUUCAAAUAUGGAUUUAUCAUCAUCAAACUUUUCCAAUACGAUUCUGAAUCAAAGCGAUUUUACAAAUACUGCUUUAUCCAAUGCCAAUUUCAGUAACUCCUCGAUGGCUGAAUGUAUAUUUUCAAGGUGUUUAAUUACAGGCACUAAAUUCAUCAAUACCAAUUUGAGAAACUGUAACAUGUCAGUAAUUAAUCCAGAAUCUACAGGAUAUUUCAUUUCUGGAGCCAAACUCAAUGGAACAACUGUGGGAGAGGAUUUCAACUCCAAGGCAGCCCAAGUUACCAAAAAGAAAGUUGCCUUUCGUAAAAAUCAAGAAAACGAAUUGGAAUACCUAAUGAUCUCAGAUGGAUAUUUCUAUGGUUUACUCAAAAAUUUUGCAGAGAAGGAAUUUGCCUCAGAAAACAUUCUCAUUUGGGAAAAGGUUAGAACAAUCUCUUCCAACUAUACCAAUUACAAUGCACUCGUUACCGUCGAGGAUUUGAGAGAAAUUGAACGAGAUUUUAUUAGAAAUUAUUCAGAAUAUGAAAUUAACUUAUCAUCUGAUUGUAAGAAAAAGUUCUACAAGUUAAUCUUCCCAAGUUAUAGCACUUACAUUCAAUCGAGUGAAGAAGAAGGAGGUUUUGAUGCCAUGUCCAAGAAUAUUGACACAAUUUUGAGUGAAGUGUCAACUAUUGUGACUGUCAAAGUUCUUACUGACUUACUUUGGCCAGAAUUAUUCAUGAAUAUUUCGGAUACUUUCUCCAGAUUACAAAAAACUAAACAAUACAAACAAUGGGAGAAAUCAACAGCACUCAAUAACGAGCUGAUCCUAUCGAGCCAUCGUGUAAAAACCACAAAAUAUAAGAAUGGAAACUAUAAGAAAGUUUGCACAUUAGAAAUCAGAGGACGAUACCACAAGAAUAAAACAACAGUCGAUGAUGAGGUUGUAGAUUUCAUGAAGGAACAAUUCCGAAAGCAAUUUCAACCAUUACUUGUAAAUACUAAAGAAUUGAAAGAUCAACACAGUUCUCUUCACAUUUAUGCUCAUGAUGGAACUUUCGGUUUACUUUCGUCUGGUCCAGUAAGACCAACCAUACAGAAGGCCUUUGUUAAUGCCAAUUCCUUAGCCAAAUUGUUAGCUCCCUAUCUAAAUGAAGCUCCACAAUGUAGAUCUAUCAAAUUACAUGUUUGUUUCUCUGGUUGUGAUUAUUCUGGAACUAGUCAACCAUAUGGAGAGCAAUUAAGAGAUGAGUUAUUUCAAUUAAUGGAUAAUAAUGUGAUUGUGCCAAGAAGUAUGGAAAUUGAGGCCAGUAAUGGAUGGUCUAUUCUUGGAAAUAACCUCAAAGAUAAGAAUACCAAACAGAAAAAGACAAUUGACUAUUGGUCUCAUUAUGUAAUUCCAAACACACCUGAAAUUAUGCAAUUGGUUAGAGAUGACAAGACAGAUUUUCAACAGAUCAUUCCCAUCUAUGGCCUUAACGAUUCCAUUGGAAAACCCAAGUGGAUUAUCCAAUAA